AUGACGCCUUGCCAGCGCAUGAAAGCGCUUCUUGCGGCGAAAGCGCUGGAGCGAAAAGAAAGCGCCCCCGUCGUAUCCACCGUUGAAAAUUUACGGGAGUUCCUGCAACGAAAGGGUGAACUGAUUCCGAUCGUGAUUCGAAUGAAACUUGUGUGGAUCACCGACCACGUGUAUGGCACCUGGAAGUUGGUGCGACUACAUUUCACGGACGCGGAGGCCCCCGAAUCGCUGGAUAACCUUCUCAGCGUCUAUAAGACUCCGUACGAAGCAAACCGCGAAGACAUCGCCUCGGCGCUGCUCACCGUCACGAUAUGGAACGUGGAAAGCGACUCGGAGCUGUUGCCAUUGCCUGGAUCCGUCGUUGAUAUCAACGAAUACGCCAAUCUCCAGCUGUACCGGGACAAGCAAUGUCAGCUGCCGACGCGCCUGCCGCAGAUGAUCUGGUCAAACGAGCAGAGUUCGCCCGUGUGA